AUGGAACGGGAGAUGAAUGAUCUUGUAAUGCAGUACCUGAAGCUGCAGCCCUUGAGGAAUAAGAGCGGGACCUGUAAAGUGUCAAACUUGGAGAAUGGACAUUAUGUGCCAAAUAAAACAUCUUUUAAAGUUGAAGAGCGGCUCCAAUAUCAAUGCGAUGAAGGAUACAUGACAGCUCAAAGAAAUAUUAUAGAAGAAGCAGAGUGCCUUUUGUCUGGAUGGUCAGCUGCUCCACAAUGUUCUGAAAUUAAAUGCUCUGUGCCACCAUCCACUAGUUUUAGUAAACUUCAUCCGGUCUAUUCCAAUGGCCAAGUAGGAACAUUUUCAUGUGAUAAAGGGAUGAUACUGAAAGGAUCUCCAAUCAGCCAGUGUUAUUACUAUGGAUGGGACCCACCUUUACCAGUGUGUGAAGUUUCAGUUGCUGCCAGAAUGUCUAAGUGUCCGCCUCCACCACAGCCAGCCAAUACCGAAGCUAUUGAACAAAAAUGGGACUACUAUGAUGGUGACAAAAUUCAGAUGAAAUGCAAAACAGGUUUCAAACUUCAUGACCCUACAUCUGUCAUUUGUCAGAAUGGCAAAUGGACAUCACCCCCUCAGUGUGUCAGGUCAUUGAAAUGUAAUAAACCUCCAUCCAUACCAUUUGGGACAUUGGAUCCAUCAAAUACAAAAGAGGAGUACUUCACUGGAAAUGUAGUGACAUACAAGUGCAGCAAAGAUUUUGAAAUGAAUGGGUGGCCCGAAAGUAUCUGCAGCAACGGGAAGUGGUCUUUGCCACCAGCAUGUAGCAAACAAGGACAGGAUUGCGCUUCCCCACCAUCCAUCACAAAUGGAGAAGUGAAAGAAACAGUCCAGGAAGAAUACAUUUCUGGCUCUGUAGUGCAAUAUCAAUGCCAAAAAUAUUAUGCAGCUGUGGGAAGUUUGGCAAUCACUUGCAGAAGUGGACUCUGGACAGAGCCGCCAUUUUGUCUAGAGCCAUGCACAGUUGGGCAAAGAGAAUUGUUCAAUAAUAAUAUUGAGUUAAAACAAUCUGUAGGUGAAAGGUUUUAUUUUGAACAUGGCAGAACAAUUGAGUUUUUGUGCUUACCUGGAUAUCAACUACAGACAUCUCCUUCAACUUUAACAACCAAAUGUGAAAGAGGAAAAUUAAUCUACCCAAAGUGUGCAAAGAAAAGUUUUGAUAGCUGUACAAUAUCAAAAGAAGACAUGUUAAAAAAUGGAAUUACCUUGAACAAUGCCCCUUUAAACAUUGCUGAGGGGGAUACUGUUGAAUUUCACUGUGUUGGAAAUCUGGUUCCUGACAACGCACUUACAGCAAAGUGUAACGAAGGCAAACUUGUGUAUCCGCAGUGCAUCAAGCAAAGCUCAGAUUCUUGCCAACUUUCUGAAGACAAAAUUAUUCAAAAUAACAUAUUGUUGCAAAGGAGUGCUUCACACCGUAAAGUCUUCAGAGGUGGUGAGACGGUGCCGCUCAGGUGUAAACCUGGACAUUUUGCUCUAUCCGCUCUGCAACUGAAAUGCCAAGACAGAAAAAUGAUAUAUCCCAAAUGCAUACGCGGACAACCUUGCCGAAUAUCUCAAGAAAAAUUGGAUGAUAACUUUUUGGAGCUUGAUGCCGUUGAUGACGAUAAAGUUUAUUUUGAGGAUGGAGAAAAUAUUCACUUUGCAUGCAAACAAGGAUAUUCAUCAGAAUCUGAUCUCACUGGAUUAUGCUUCAUCCUCUUCCAGAGGACCCCCACCCUGCCUUGA